AUGCCUUUCGCGCAGGGUGAAGAUGAGACAGACAGGGCUGCAAACAAGAAGGGGCAGCGCCCUCCAUUUACCCCAGGAGAACUGGAGGUGGUGCCUACGCUUGUGGACGGGCGGGAAGCAGCACCGCCACGCCACGCCACCCCUCCAGCCUCAGCUCACCUGGCACAAGAGGUCCUGCAGGUGGCUGGCGCAGGCGGCGUAGGCGGCCUGGUCGAGGUGCCCGCUGACGCUGUAGUAGCGCUCCAGCAGGGCGGAGUCGCGCUCCGCGUCGCAGCAGCCGAAGUCCGAGUACUGCACGCAGAAGGCGAGCGGCCGCGGCGGCUUGAAAGGCGGCUUGAAGUCCAGGCACUGCGGGUGGCCCGACGUCAAUCCCAGCAGCAGCGCCGCCUCGAGCAGGGCGAAGACGAGCCAGGCCCGGCGGCGGCAGGCAGGAUCCCGCGCCCGCGUCAUACUCUCCUCCUCCUCCUCGCUUUGCGCUGCUGCUGCGCUCAGGGCAGACGCGGCAGGGGCGCGGAGAAGCUGCGGUCCCGGGGCACCCUUUCGGGCAUGACGCCCCCCCCCCCGCUCCCUUUAACCCGCGCAGUGCGCUUCUGCCGGCCCUUCUUCACGCUGCGCUUUUGCGCCUCGGAAACUCCCGGCGCGCUGCUCCGAGGUGCCCCUCGGGUAAGGCGUGCGGGAAACGGCUCUCUUGUUGGGAGCGGGGAUGCUCCGCCACUCUCGGCGCAGCGCGUUUCCCUUCACAGACUUAAGCAACGUCGGCGCGCAGUGGGGGGACAGCUCUUACCCGCCCGCGGGGGCGGUCAAGCGACCUUCUCGUCAUGCUGCCACCUCGGCCGCCCCCCUUUGCUAGCAGAAGCGCCUCAGACAGACCCAAAAGGAGCGAAGGCACCGCCCUCCCCUCGCUCGGGGCGUGUAAACAGACGCUGGAGCGGCGCCCGCCGAGGCAGCGGAUUGCCAGGGGCUGAGGCAGCAGCCGGCUCUCCUGAAGGGACAAGCGGCGCUAAGACGACAUGGGAAUCAUGCCAGCAUCUACAAGAGAAGUACCAUCUGAAGCACCCUGACAUUAAACAGAUUGCUUCUUUGUCAAAGCAUCUGUGAAUACACUGAAGCAAAGCCAAAUGGAGUCCUUCACAGUUUUUGGAAUGCUUUCUUGUAGCUUAGCUGUUCUGAGCAGCUACAAAGAAUCCUACUAUGAAUCAUUCAUUAGAGUGGAUUGGGAAAAGGUUUUUUGGGGUUUUUUUUAGAUGCCUUAUUGGACAUUCAGAACUGUUUUCAAAGUAGUGUGCAAUGUGCAGAUAUACUGCCAAGAACUUUGUUUUCCUGGAGCUUCUUGAAACAGGAUUAAAGUUUCAGAUACAAUGACAGCUAAAAUAAGCAACCAAUGGUUGACAGAGAUGGAUGUCAUCACAACUCAGUAUGGAAUCAAGUUUUCAAUUUUUGGCAAAUCUGUUCAUGAAGAUGUUGCCUAAGCAUCGUGAAUCUGUUUUUUCAUUAGUAAUUAUCUCCUGGCAGUAAACACACCCACCUACCACACACAGCUAGGAA